AAAGCCCCUUCGGCGCGUCUUCUCACAUGUCGGGUAUGACUCGGGCGAGCCUUCCCAAACCUCGACCGCCCCCGCUCGAUCUCACCGACGCUCGCGAGACAUACCCUCGCCUGCUCGAGCAGUAUGUGGGGUAUACCGAGCAGGCCCCAUCCCUAGCGGACGAUCGCAUCAACAAGAGGACUUCGCUGCCCGCGUACCUCGUCGAGUCGUACAGCCGCAUCGCCCUGCAUAACCUGGACGAGAGCCUAGGAGCACCCAUCCCUUUUGAGAGCCGUUCCAUCUCGCAAGAAAUCAUGAGCAAUUACUUGCAUGACCCGCCGAUCGACGAGGUUUCUUCCUCGUUCACGCACGCCACCGCGAACACCGGGUCGAACUCUCCCGAUAUGUCCGCGCCCAUCACGCCAAUCUCGCUCGUGGACGCUACCGCCGGUUUGAUGGAUUCUGAGGCUACGUCAACGCUUCACAGCGGGUUCGGGGGAUUCGAGCAGGGCCACGAUUGGGCGGCUGCCGCUGUGCAGAAUCAGUGGAUGGACGGUGAGACUCCGCGUGGAUCGAAGCAGGGGCUCAUGAUUGAGCUCGGAGAUGUGAUUGAUUUGGCGCCGUAGUUAGCCCCGGUCAUCGUGGACGACUCGUUCGCGACUUCUUGUCCUUCACAUCGUCCUUUCGCUUCUGUGUUACGUUCUGCUCUCGUACAUUUUUUGUAGAAAUACGUUCCCUGUAUCAGUAAGGCCGCUGUAUGAUUGGAAUGACCUCCAUGGCUUUU